UUACACAAAGCUAACCGUCAGCCCAAGCUCAUGCUAGAGCAGUCAUGGCUAGAGCAGUAGCAUUCCUCUGCUUCUUGCUGUUAUCCCUCUCCUCCCAAGCUCUGGCUUCGUCUCCUCCUCCUACGAUGAGCAGCAACACGACGACAGUGGCCGCCGACGAGCUCGCGUUGCUCUCCUUCAAGUCGAUGCUCUCUAGCCCAGCCACCUCGCCGCUGGCCUCAUGGAACGCGUCCACCCCCUACUGCAGCUGGCCGGGCGUCGCCUGCAGCCGUCGCCACCCGGAGCGCGUCACGGCGCUGCGCGUGGGCUCCUUCAACCUGUCCGGCCAAAUCUCGCCGGUCUUGGCCAACCUGUCCUUCCUCAGGGAGCUGGACCUCUCAGAAAACCAGCUCACCGGCGAGGUGCCGCCGGAGCUCGGUCGUCUCGGCAGGCUCGAGUCCCUCAACCUGGCAGCGAAUACUCUCCAAGGCACCCUUCCCAUGGCCAUCGGGAACUGCACAAAUCUCGUGGUUCUUGACCUGAGCAGCAACCAGCUCCACGGCGACAUCCCUUCCACAGUUGGCGCCAAAAUGGAGAACCUCUACGUGCUGGACCUCCGGCGAAACGGCUUCUCCGGCGAGAUCCCUCCGUCGCUAGCCGGGCUGCCGUCUCUGGAGUUCUUGCUGCUGUACAGCAACAGGUUGUCCGGUGAGGUACCAGCUGCGCUGAGCAACCUGUCGUCCAGCCUCACGCAUCUUGAUCUUGACACCAACACGCUGUCCGGAGCCAUCCCUUCGUCUCUGGGCUCAUUAUCCAGCUUGAUAUGGCUCACCGUGGCCAACAACAACUUGAGUGGAACCAUCCCUGCAUCCAUUUGGAAGAACAUGUCAUCUCUCUGGGGGCUUCAUGUCCAGCAGAACAGUCUGGCCGGAGAGAUUCCUCCAGGUGCAUUCAGCGGCAUGCCGGAGCUCCGGUCAGUCGCCAUGGACAACAACCGGUUCCAUGGCCGUCUCCCAGCCUCGCUAGCAAACGCUUCCUCCGUGUCAUCGCUUCAGCUUGGGUUUAACCCUUUCUGCGGCGCUAUCCCUCCUGAGCUUGGAACGUUAGCGAGACUGAAACGGCUACUCCUGGCUUACACGUUGCUCGAAGCUAAAGAACCUAGAGACUGGGGAUUCAUGACUGCGCUGACAAAUUGCUCCCACCUGGAAAUCUUGGAAUUGGCAGCCGGUAAGUUUGGAGGUGUUCUUCCUGAAUCAGUCUCCAAUCUUUCUGCCUCGUUGCAGACUCUUUCCCUUCAGUACAACACAAUAUCAGGAAGUAUACCUCGAGAUAUUGGUAAUAUCAUUAGCCUAGAAUCUCUUACACUAGAUGACAACUCUUUCACAGGAACACUUCCUUCAUCUUUGGGUAGGUCCCAAAAUCUCAAUACUCUCUCUGUUCCGAAGAACAAGAUUAGUGGGUUAAUCCCACUGGCCAUAGGAAAUCUUACUGAACUCAGUAGCUUAGAACUCCAAGGAAACGCAUUUAGCGGUGAAAUACCAAGCACGAUUGCAAACCUUACAAAUUUGUUGACAUUAAACCUUGCAAGGAAUAAUUUUACAGGUUCGAUUCCUAGAAGUUUGUUCAACAUCAUCAGUCUCUCGAAAAUUUUGGAUCUGUCCCACAACAACUUGGAGGGAUCAAUACCACAAGAAAUUGGUCAUCUAAUAAAUCUUGUAGAAUUCCAUGCAGAGUCAAACAAAUUGUCAGGAGAAAUCCCUCCUUCCCUAGGAGAAUGCCAACUUCUCCAGAACUUUUAUCUCCAGAAUAACUUCAUAAACGGUACAAUCCCAUCUGUCCUGAGUCAGCUAAAAGGUCUAGAAAAUCUUGACCUCUCAAACAAUAAGCUGUCAGGUCAAAUUCCCAGCUUGUUAGGGAACAUCAGCAUGCUUAGUUAUCUAAAUCUUUCGUUCAACAAUUUUGUCGGUGAAGUGCCAAUUUUUGGUGUUUUCUCAAACAUUACUACAAUCUCAAUCCAAGGCAAUGACAAACUUUGUGGUGGCAUACCUACUCUGCAUCUGCCUCCAUGUUCAUCAGGAUUACGAGAGAAAAGGCAUAAAUUUCUAGUAAUUCCUAUAGUCGUCAUUUCUCUUGUUGCAAUACUAGUCAUUUUUUCGUUGCUCUACAAGUAUCUUUCUCGGCGCAAGAAAAAUAAAACACAAACCCCAUCAACAACUUCAAUGGAAGGGCAUCCAUUGAUAUCUUUUUCGCAGUUGGCUAGAGCAACAGAGUGGUUCUCCACAACCAAUUUGUUGGGUUCAGGGACAUUUGGAUCUGUAUACAAAGGAAAGUUGGUCAGCCAAACUGAUGAAAGUGCAGAGUAUAUUGCUGUGAAGGUACUGAAACUUCAAACUCCAGGGGCACUCAAGAGUUUCGUCGCAGAAUGCGAAGCACUGCGAAAUCUACGACACCGAAACCUCGUCAAGAUCAUUACAGCAUGCUCAAGCAUUGAUGCCAGAGGGUAUGACUUCAAGGCGAUCGUGUUUGACUUCAUGCCUAAUGGUAGUUUAGAAGAUUGGCUGCAUCCUGAACCGGUUGACCAAACAGCAAUGAAAUGCUUGGGUCUUCUCCAGAGAGUGACCAUUCUACUCGAUGUGGCUUAUGCACUGGAUUAUCUCCAUUGUCAUGGUCCUGCUCCUGUUGUGCACUGUGAUAUUAAAUCAAGUAAUGUGCUCUUGGAUGCUGACAUGGUAGCCCAUGUUGGAGACUUUGGCCUAGCUAAGAUUCUUACUAAAGGAUGCUCAUCUCCCCAACAAUCAACCAGCUCGUUGGGAUUCAGAGGGACAAUUGGUUAUGCUGCUCCAGAGUAUGGCGCUGGAAACAUGGUAUCAACACAUGGGGAUAUCUACAGCUAUGGAAUUCUUGUGUUAGAAACAUUAACUGGGAAGAGACCUACUGACAGCAGGUUCAGACAAGGGUUGAGCCUUCGUGUAUAUGUUGAGCAAGCUCUCCAUGACAAGGUGAUAGACAUCAUUGACUGGGAGUUGACUUCGGAGCUGGAGGGUGAACGCGAAACCAUGGAUGAUUUUUCAUACAAGAGAAAGAUUGAUUGCCUCAUUUCCCUUAUUAGACUUGGAAUAUCCUGCUCUCAUGAAUUGCCACUGAGCAGAAUGCAGAGCACAGACAUUGUCAAUGAAUUGCAGUCCAUCAAAGAAUCUCUCUUGAGAGAAUAUAGCAUCGGAGAUGGAAGUUAUAUCAAUGUUACAUCAGAAUGAUCAUGUGUGGACACCAUGCACACGCCGAGUGGUAAUUUUUAGCUUGUUGGAUAUUGUUGUACUACUCCCUUUUAAAUUAGAAAACUUCUACUAUGGUGUCUACUGCUGUUAAGGUAGCAUCGAUCUCCUAUUAUAUAAUCCUACUACCACCGGUAUUAUCGUUAUCGGAGAAUCUAGACUGUUAAUUUAGAUUUUUAUUACCAGUAAGAAAAAAAUUCUACUGCCAGUAGUAGUACAAAUAGAUCUGAUCUAUUAUAUUAGAAAAAAUAAACGGUCUAGAUUAAUUCUACUAUCGGUAGAGAGCAUCGUAUAACAUCUAUUCUAUAUUUAUAUUUGUAAUAAAGUAAGGCUCUUGUAUAUCAACGGCUCACGUCAUUUUCUUAUUCCACUAUUUCUAGUAUUAGGACAAGCCUAGAAAUAUUCUUUAUAGUAAAUGAGUAGAUCUUCUUGUGACAUAAUAUUGAUUGAUGACACCUUGAAGAACAGUG